AGAGCUCCGAGGAGAUAAAACAACAUCGUUCAGCUGAUGAUGAAUGUCUCCUGCGGUACUUGUGUUCAGUUUGCUCCGGUAACUCGGUCUGGUAGGUGAACAUUCAGAAAACAAUCUUACCUGGUAGUGGACCAACCGCUUGGAAAGUGAAUUAGUUAAGCAAGUGCAAACAGAACAAAACGAUCCGGCCAAAACCAUGGGGGCCAUGUUCCGCAGUGAGCAGAUGGACCUGGUCCAGCUGCUCAUUCAACCGGAGGCGGCGUACUCCUCGCUGGCAGAGCUUGGCGAACUCGGAAUCGCUCAAUUUCGUGAUCUGAACGCCGAUGUGAACGUUUUCCAACGGAAGUACACCAGCGAGAUCAGAAGAUGCGAGGAGAUGGAACGCAAGAUCGGCUACAUCCGCCGGGAGUUGACCAAGGAUGAGGUCCCAACGCCGGAUCUUUCGGACAACAUCCCCCGUACGCCCAACUCUCGGGAGAUUAUCGACUUGGAGGCGGCUCUCGAGAAGACCGAGAACGAGAUCAUCGAACUGUCCGAGAAUAGCCAUGCUCUGCUGCAAAACUUCAUGGAACUUACCGAGCUGAAGAGCGUGCUGGAGAAAACUCAGGGUUUUUUCUCCGACAAGUCAGCUGCCCUAAACUUGGAGGCCACCGGAGGAGAUCCCGGCAGUGAGAACAAGCCGCUGGGAUUCGUUGCUGGAGUGAUCCCACGUGAGCGCGUCAUUGGCUUCGAGCGAAUGCUUUGGCGCGUGUCACGUGGUAACGUUUUCCUACGUCAAGCGCCCAUUGAGAAGCCAUUCACCGAUCCGCGCUCGGGUGAUGAGAUCUACAAAAUUGUGUUCGUGGCAUUCUUCCAAGGAGAACAAUUGAAAAGCCGUGUCAAGAAAAUCUGCAGCGGCUAUCAUGCCUCGCUCUACCCGUGCCCCAACGAGUACAACGAGCGUGCCGAAAUGCUCCAGGGAGUACGCACUCGCAUCGAGGACCUCAACAUGGUCAUCAACCAGACCAAGGAUCAGCGCCAGCGUGUGCUCAUCAGCGUGGCCAAGGAGGUCCCCAAGUGGGAAAUCAUCGUCAAGAAGGUCAAGGCCAUCUACCAUACGCUGAACAUGUUCAACGUGGAUGUCUCCAAGAAGUGUCUCUUCGGCGAAGCUUGGGUGCCAACGUCCAAUUUGCAGGACGUGAAGAAUGCGCUGAUCGCUGGUUCAUCCGCCGUUGGCAGUACGGUCCCAUCGUUUUUGAACGUAAUUUCAACUCAUGAGGCACCACCGACUUUCAACCGAACCAAUAAGUUUACCCAAGGCUUCCAGAACUUGAUUGAAUCGUACGGAGUGGCCUCGUAUCGUGAAGCGAAUCCCGCUCUGUAUACCAUCAUCACUUUCCCGUUCUUGUUUGCUAUUAUGUUUGGUGAUUUGGGACACGGACUGAUUCUGUUGCUUUUGGGCCUGUGGAUGGUUUUGUGGGAAAAAUCUCUGGCCAGGAAUAAGGACGAAAUCUGGCAGCUGUUCUUUGGAGGUCGUUAUAUCAUUCUGCUGAUGGGCAUCUUCUCGAUGUAUACCGGAUUCGUCUACAAUGAUAUUUUCUCGAAGACGAUGAACAUUUUCGGGUCGUCCUGGCAGAUUAAUUACAACACCUCAACCAUCAUGACGAACCCUGACCUUCAACUGAACCCAGGAGAAGAUUAUUCGGAAACGGUCUACUGGUAUGGUUUGGAUCCUGCCUGGAUGUUGGCGUCCAACAAGAUUAUUUUCCUGAACUCAUUCAAAAUGAAGCUGUCGAUCAUUUUUGGAGUGGUGCACAUGAUCUUCGGUGUCUGCAUGAGCGUUGUAAACAACACGCAUUUCAAAAAGAAGAUCAACAUUCUGCUGGACUUCAUUCCUCAGCUUAUGUUCUUGGUUUUGCUGUUCCUGUACAUGUGCUUCAUGAUGUUCUUCAAAUGGGUUCAAUACACUGCUGUUACUGAUGUGGAUCACCUGAAGCCGGGAUGUGCUCCAUCGGUUCUGAUCAUGUUCAUCAACAUGAUGUUGUUCAAGCGGCAGGAACCAUUGGAAACCUGCAAGGAGUUUAUGUUCGAUGGACAACAAACCAUUCAGAUGGUGUUCAUCUUCUUGGCACUUAUCUGCAUCCCUUGGCUUCUGCUGGCCAAACCGUUCUACAUCAAGUUUACCAGGAAGAAUCACGGUGCUGGGGAUCACGUUGCUUCAAGCGGCCACGGAGAUCACGACGACGAACCGAUGAGCGAAAUCUUCAUCCAUCAGUCUAUUCACUGUAUUGAGUAUAUUCUCAGUACCAUUUCCCACACAGCUUCGUAUUUGCGUCUGUGGGCACUUUCGCUGGCUCAUGCUCAGCUUUCCGAAGUCCUGUACAACAUGGUGUUCACCAUAGGAUUGAAGUCCACAGGCUACACCGGAGCGAUCAUGAUCUACGUGGUCUUCUGGCCAUGGGCAGUCCUGACCAUUGGCAUUCUUGUGGGUAUGGAAGGCUUAUCGGCUUUCCUCCAUACGCUCCGUCUUCACUGGGUGGAGUUCAUGAGCAAGUUCUACGAAGGUUUGGGCUAUCCCUUCCAGCCAUUCUCGUUCCAGGCUAUACUGGAUGCUGAAAAUGAAGAAAAGUAACACAUUGUAUGAAUUAGUGUGUUGACGAAAUCACUAGAUGUUAUCUUUUCAACGCAUAGUAAAAUAUAAUUAGCAGCAAAACUU